AUGAAUAUCGUUCUAACUUCGCGGUUCGCAUCUCGCUACGCGUUGCUCAACGAUCUCAUUGACGCUAUACAGAACGAUCGUAGGAUAGUCGAUUAUACUAGGGCUACGGUCGAGCCAGAACGAGUCGUUUUGGAAUUUACAAACGGUGUGGAUCAUUGCCUUGCACGCGCCCUGGUGGACACAACCGCUUCUAACACAGUCGGUAAUACUCUGGAGGACGCACGCCUUGACACGAUGUGA